AUGUCCCCAUCCACCACCCCGAUCAUACCUCUGCACAAUGCACCAUCUCCAUCGCCGUAUGCACCGCCAAGCGGUUCCCACAUCACCGCGCAACAUGCGACUCUGACCCCCGAGCAAGUCGCCGAGAGGCAUUCCACGUCUCUCACCAAUGGCUUGCACCCUUCCGAUGCCGCGACGCGAUUGCAGGUGCAAGGCACCAAUGAGUUGCCAUCGGAGGAACCAGAUCCAUUAUGGCUGCGCUUCGUUCAGCAGUUCAAGGAGACCUUGAUUCUCCUAUUGCUUGCCAGUGCUGCCGUGUCUGCUGUAAUGGGCAAUUACGAGGACGCGAUUUCCAUAUUCAUUGCAGUGACCAUAGUCGUGUCAGUCGCGUUCGUGCAAGAGUAUAGAAGUGAAAAGAGCUUAGAAGCAUUGAACAAGCUUGUGCCGCAUUUCGCGCAUGUGAUCAGGACAUCUGCGUCCGAGCCAGUUGAGAAUGGGGAGCCAAAGGGCACGGCUAGCGAGAAGAAUGCAGACAAGGCAAGCACGACUAUAUCUGCCACACAGCUCGUGACGGGAGAUCUUGUGCUGUUCCACACCGGUGACCGGAUACCCGCCGACGUUCGAAUCGUUCAUGCCGCUGAUCUCAGCAUUGAUGAGAGUAACUUGACUGGAGAGAAUGAGCCUGUGGCGAAGACGGCAGACACUCUUGGCCCGGUCAACUAUGCAAAUGGCAGCACACAUCCUUCGACUCUGAUGAGGAGCGGAGAGAUUCGUCUCACCGAUCAGACCAACAUCGCAUUUCAGGGAACUCUGGUUCGAUCGGGAUAUGGACAUGGCAUUGUCAUCGGGACUGGAGGCGAUACCGAGUUUGGCGCAAUUAGUGCCUCUUUGCAGGAGAUUGAGUCGCCGAGGACACCACUGCAACUGAGCAUGGAUCGAUUAGGAAAGGAGCUCAGCUACAUGUCGUUCGGUGUGAUUGCUGUCAUUAUUCUUGUUGGUCUUUGGCGAGGCAGGAAUUUCCUGGAGCUCUUCCAGAUCGGAGUGUCAUUGGCCGUAGCAGCCAUUCCCGAAGGUCUGCCAAUCAUCGUGACUGUCACGCUUGCGCUGGGUGUUUUGCGCAUGAGCCGGAGGAAUGCUAUUGUGCGCAGAUUGCCUUCCGUCGAGACACUGGGAUCUGUGAACGUGGUCUGCUCUGACAAGACAGGAACCCUCACCACCAACCACAUGACUGCCACCAAGAUGUGGAGUUUCGACAACGACAAGCCGCAAGACGUCAACAAGGUCUAUUCCGAAAGCCUCAAUGCAGCCACCACACAAGCCGUACUCAGAGCAGCAAAUAUCGUCAACGACGGGAGACUGAACACGCAUAGUCAUGGUCAGAUCACAGCUGCUAGCGCCGCGGUGCUUGCGAGCACAGGUGGCGACGACGAUUUAGCCAAUGCAAAGAGCCGUUGGGCUGGCCAGCCAACGGAUGUCGCGCUCUUGGACCUGCUGGACAACUUUCACGAAGAGGACGUGCGCGGUCGUAUCGGCCAACGGAAGCACGAGAUACCCUUUUCUAGCUCGCGGAAAUGGAUGGGCGUGAUCAAUGAAGCAAGUGACGGAAGCGACACUGCAUACAUCAAAGGCGCUCUCGAACGCGUGAUCGGUCGCUGUGACACGUACAUAUCUGCUCAAGGCGAAGUCAUUCUGGACGACAAACGACGGCAAGAAGUCGAUCUAGCCGCUCGACAGAUGGCGGAAGAAGGUCUUCGCGUUCUCGCUUUUGCCAGUGGUCCUGUCAGGAUACGGGGUGCUGCAAGCAGAAACACCAGCCGUGAUGUGAGUGGUGGUAGUAGAGCUUCCACACCAAUGGCAGCGCUGGGCCAAUCUUCCGGCGUUGACGAGAACGUCUACACCGGACUUUGCUUUUCUGGUCUCGUCGGCAUGUCGGAUCCGCCACGGAAAGGUGUGGACAGAUCCAUACGCCGCCUUUUGGCAGGAGGUGUGAAAGUGAUCAUGAUCACUGGUGAUGCCGAGGCCACAGCUGUUGCUGUUGCAAAGAAGCUGGGAAUGCCCAUCAACCUCAACUCUGCAAUCGGCUCUCCAGUCAUUCGCGGCGAUCAACUCGAUCAGAUGAGCGAAGCAGACUUGGCAGAAGCGAUGAGUCGCAUCAGCAUUUUCGCGCGCACAAGCCCCGAGCACAAGCUGAAGAUCAUCUCUGCUCUGCAGUCUCGCGGUGAUGUUGUCGCGAUGACUGGAGAUGGUGUCAACGAUGCACCUGCGCUCAAGAAAGCCGAUAUUGGUAUUAGCAUGGGCAAACUAGGCACAGAUGUUGCCAAAGAAGCAGCGGACAUGAUCUUGACUGAUGACGACUUCUCAACAAUACUGAGCGCUAUUGAAGAAGGCAAAGGCAUUUUCUACAACAUUCAGAACUUCCUGACUUUCCAGCUCAGCACAAGCGUUUCGGCAUUGGGACUGGUCAUGCUGAGCAGCCUGUUUGGACUGAAGAACCCGCUCAACGCCAUGCAGAUUCUCUGGAUCAACAUCAUCAUGGACGGACCGCCCGCACAAUCUUUAGGGGUAGAGCCUGUCGACCCUGCCCUUCUCACGCAACCUCCACGACCUCGCACCGCCCGCGUUCUCACGCCAAAACUCCUCCGUCGCGUCUUUCAAAGCGCAGCCGUCAUCCUCACCGGCACCCUCCUCACAUACUACUCCCACCUCUCCGCUGAAGACCUCGUCGCGCACUCCGUUUCCGCCCGCGACACAACCCUCACCUUCACCCAAUUUGUCCUCUUCGACAUGUUCAACGCCCUAUCCUGCCGCUCCGCGAACCGCAGCGUUCUCAUGGGCGAAGUACCCUUACUCCCACCAAACUGGGUUGGCAAAAGUGGCGACGGCAACGUCAUGUUCACAUAUGCUGUAUUAGGAAGUUUGGUUGGACAGGCAUUAGUCAUAUAUUUCCCUCCUUUGCAAGCGGUAUUUCAGACCGAGGCGUUGUCACUCGUGGAUCUGGUUAAACUUGUGGUUGUGGCAAGUUCGGUGCUUUGGGUUGAUGAGGGGAGGAAAUUUUGGGAACGGAGGAGGAAAGGGAGGUCGAUUGGACGGGUGGGGAGGAUGGUGUAA